GUUUCGUCUUCAGUCUACGAUGUAAUUUUAUGAUUGCCAAUGAUUUUAAUAAAAUUUUCUUAAAUUUCUUUACAUUUUCCAUCAAGAUCAAGUAAUCACAGCACAACCACUGAACAUAAAAUAAUUUAACACAAUAUAAUCCGUGAAUUUAAUGUGACGAUUGAGUUUCCUAUUCCAACUUUCCGACUAAUUUUCAAAUCUUGACAUUUUCGUAUUUUGUGAUUAAUGAACGUGUUUAACGUUUUGUAUAAUGAUUUAGUAGGCUAAUAUUUACAUAAUAUAGUGAAAUUUGUGAAUCUUCUGGGUAUACACCCUGUUGUUGUGCAAAAAUGUUGAGCAGAUUCUCAGAUGUGUUGCAAACGGCAGCUGAUGUUCUGGCACCUCCAGCGACAAGGCUGGAAGACUUUGAGUACCACUGGAAAAUGAUACUGAACUUUUAUCAGAGCUAUGAUGACAGCAGCAAGGUUCACAUUGAAGACACAAGGAUACCUCACCAUUUGCAUCAAAUGUUACAGUUAAUAGUGGAAGAAGAGAAAGAACAGCACGGCGGAACAGUAGGCCCCUGCCUGGAGGCUAUAGUGCAACGCUCCAUCUGCUUGUUGGACGCGCUGACAGCCCUGGCGGCGGCCGACCGUCCGCCCGGCGCCCGCGCACUCGCCCUCACAAUGGGCACGGCCCUACUGCGUCGCACGAGACAGCCGUGUGUCAAUAGCGCGCACGUUUAUAGGCCUUUACAGAGAAUGUUAAUCCAAUGCAAUGAAAAUCCAGCAUCACCAACCGAAAAGGAAGAAGUGGAGCUCCUCCUCACACUGUGCGGUCUUGUGAGAAAGGAGCCUGGCUUAGCCAAUAUCUUCACCACACCCUUUGUAGAAGACAAAGCGAGCUUGUUAAGCAUACCUGAGGAUAUACAGAAGUUGAUACCAAUAAAGACGAAAGUUCAAACGCCAAAGAAGAAUCCGCUCUUCGAAGUGGAACUACCCUCAAAUCCUUUGAAGAAUGUGUCUAUAGUAAGAACUGGAGGUAGUGACUGUAACGCCACAAAUAGCAGUUCCGCUGAUGACGUAUCAUGCAAGAGCCAGAGAACUGUCUAUGAGGAUAAUGAUAAAUUUCUAUUGAUUGAUUUAUUGCUAUCAUAUUUAAAUAGUGCUGACAAUCAAGUAGUUCUCCGCGCGUGUGAGGGCAUAAUGAUAGUGUCGUCACUACCUGAGGAUGAUAUAGCGAAUCUGGUGACCAGUUGCAGUCCAGCUUGUGAGACUAUAGUGGAGAAACUAGUGGAGAAGUACAAGUGCAUUCCAGCUAACACGGACCCAACUGAUGUUGACCACUUAAACAUCACGUGGGCGUAUGUGGCACAUGAUUUUGGGGACAAGAGUUUUAACAAAUUCCAUGGUUACAGAGAGUUGACGAGUUUUUUCUCGUGGUUGGAUUAUUGUGACACUCUCAUGAAGGAGUGCCACCCAGAUAUCGCAUCGCAUUUAUCGCGAACGUUCCGCGCGGGCUUCCUCGAGGGCGCGGCGGAGGCGGGCGCGGGCGCGGGCGCGGGCGCGGCGGCGGGCGCGGCGCACCACGCCGCUCUAGUGGCCGCACUACUUGCCAAGUGCCUGAAAGUCAUCGACGCACCCGACUUGCUAAAUGAAUUCUCAAAUUGGUUAGUUGGCGAGGGCGAAGUUUCCGAGUGGCCUCUACUUCACACGCUCAUAAACAACUGCCUCACAGACAACUAUGACCUCACGUUGGAAACGCUGCGCUUUUUCGAGACGAUAAUCGAGAAAGGCACGGAGCACACGAUUCACCGUCUGGUGUUGUCGCGCGUGUGUACCCGCGGCUAUCUCGCCCAACAUUCCCCGCAUUCGCCUUUAACCGGCGACGACGACGAGCGGGACAGAUUAAACGACCUCUCCACCUGGAGGGAGCGAGAGAGAAACAGAGAGGCGAUGAAGCAGCUUCAGCACGAGGGCCACGUGAAUGAACAGAUCAACGACAUAUUGUCGCACGAAGGUGUCGACCUCACCGACCACACGGAGAGCGAGAAUAUACACAAAAUUAUCAACAGUUUCCUGCUGCUACUGCCGCGCGCCAUACUCUCCGACCCGGUGGGAUCUGACUAUGAGCAUUACAUACACGAUGCCCAUAGACACUAUCAGCUCUGGUUGGACAUUACAUCGACAUUUAAUUGGCCAACCGACCAAAACUAUAUCGAUAACACGGCCAGUUCCACCCACAGCUACGACAGCCGACCAGAAGCGGACAUACACCUGGACGAGGCGUUCCAAUCGGAAAAAUCCGAUAAGCACAACACUAGUAUAGAAAAAAUCGGUAACUAUUGCGCCGAGGACAAAUGUCAAUUUAGUCAAAAACUAGUAUUGAGAAGUCGGGACUUGAAUUCGGUGCCUGAGGAGGAAUUUGAUGAAGGUCCCUUCCUGAAAAUGCUUUUUACUUUACUAUCUACAAUGCCCACUCAGCCUUACCAAGUGAAUUUACAUUUGACAUCUAUAAUUUCAAAGUUGGCACUAAUGCCACAUCCGAAUUUGCACGAGUACCUCUUAAAUCCAAUGUUGCCAACUGGCAAAAAGACGCAAACUCUAUUUAAAACGCUACAGGAUUUAGCAAGGCGGUUGACUAUGGAAAUACCGAGAAUAAGGAAUUACAAAAAGGUUAUUGAAAAUACUAGAUUGCAGCUGAUGAGUGAGGACCCUAGUUAUGAUGAGAGCUGCGACCAUAACCAACUUGUAGAAAGUUUAAUAGUUCUAGAAGAGUUCUGCAAGGAAUUGGCAGCGAUCGCAUUCGUCAAGUACCAGCACUCGAUGCAUAUGCACAGAUAAUCUUGUGGCCUUUAGUCGUUUGAUGAAUUUUGGAUACGCAGAGGUUUCUUUGAUUUCUUUUAUUUGAGUCAUUUAAUGAGGUAACUUGGUUUAACCCUUCUUUGCAUAAUGGUGGAAAUUUCCAUAAUAACAUUGAACGCCCAAAAAUUAUAUAAAAGAACAAGUUCACUUUAAGUUGAUCGUCUGUGGAUACCUUUUCAAUGUCCAUUACAGAAAAAAAAACAUAGCUGUCAAAUUUAUUUUUUUUAACCAUUUUGUCUUUAAUUUUGAACAUGAAUUAUAUCACCUUGAUUUAUUUCAUCAAUAAAAAAAAUCAUGCAAAGAAGAAUUAAGUCUUCAAUAAGUAUAUAAUAAAAAAAUAUUUACCUAGUAAUUUCAGAUGACAUGAAAAUCUAUAGAGAUCAGGUGAAUAUCAAAGAUAUUCACAAUAUAAUAACAAUACAAUACAAAAGGCCGGCAGCACACCUGCAAUGCCGCUGGUGUUGUGGGUGAUCAUGGGCGGCGGUAGUCACUUAUCAUCAGGUGAGCCGCAUGCUCGUUUGCCCCCGUGUGUUGUAAAAAAAAAUAUGAUAGCCAAUCUCAUGAAAUUUACAGUUUACAGUACUUAAACUUGUUUUAUAAAGUAUAAAAGUUAUAUAUAAUGAAUAAGUAAUAAUUCAUCAUUAUAUCAGCCUUAAACUUGGAGGGAUUUGCCAGUAGUUGCCACGCUUGGCAGGCGGGUUAACAACCGCAGUUGCUUUGGAGAUGUUUUAAGAGGGACGCUGCUACCCAUCCCUCCACCAUAAGCUCGCUUAGUUACGACAGCCACGGGAAAGGAAGGUGUGACCUAUUCCAUGCCGGGACAUACACGGUUAACCACUUAUUAUUAUUAUAAAUCAUAUUUUUUAUAACAUUCCUACUAAAACAUUAUGUCAAUGAAACCUCUGUUAUCAAAUGUCCAAAAAGUAUUAAAUGUAGAGAUAUAAUAUAGGCGCUAGAGUCAUUGUGCUUUAUGGUUUUCUUUUUUUUUAAAUAGUUAACGCUUAAAUUUCGAAUUAUAUUUUUUUAAAUAAUGAACGUUUAAAUUUCGAAUUUGUUGUUAUGUUUUAUUAUUUGUUUUAUAUCAAUUAAUUGCAUAAAUUACUGUUAUUGUUUUUAUUAAAUUUUUAUCUAGUUAUUAAAUUUUGUUUCAGUGAUAAAAGUGUAAAAGUGUUUUUCAAAGAUGAGGCUCAAGAAAUCUCUGUAUAAAGCUAUAAAAUAUUAAAUGAAAAUCAAUUAAAUUGAAAAUGUUUUUAGUCAACGAUAAUAAUUUAAAACAUAGUUACGAUCUCAAAUAUUUUGUCAAAUUACAAGUACAUACAUGUAGAUUUUUUUAGUAUAUUAUUAAUCCUGAUUCCUAUAGAUAUUCCAAAUGUAUUUUUAGUGUUCCAUUCGUCACAUUGUUUUUGAUGGUAUUCCGUUUUACGUAUUUUGUAUUAUAUAUAUUUUUAAUUCAAUAGUUGAUCUUUAUACAGAGAAAUUGCAAUUGAGGUGCUAAAAUAUAGGUUUUAUUGCACUAUCAAAUAUAUAGGAUUCAUCAAGUUUUUACCAAAUAUACGUCAUAUAUAUUUUAGUAUACAAACAUACGUACUAUAUUACGUACGUGUAAUAUACAUGUGUAAAAUAUUCUUUACUUAUGUAUAUGUAUAAUAUGUUUUUAUGUAGAUGUCGAGUCAAUAAUUUUUACCAAAAUAGGUAUAUGCAAACAAUAUGAUUUACGACAUUUAUUUAAAUUUUAUUACGAGGGAAUAGAUGAACAUACAUACAUACAGGUCAAAAUCAUAAUCCUCCUUUUUACUUCGCCGUAGUCGGCUAAAAACAAAGCGAACAUGGAAAAUGAAUAUUAUUUGAGUUACAACAAGAUAAUUAUAAAACUUUUACCGAUAUUAAAUUUAUGUUAAUAUCU